GGGAGGUGGGGCCGCCGUCGCCGUCAAGGCCCCAGGGAGCGCGGGGCGCCACCGCCGCCGCCGCUUAUCCGCUGGGGUCAGUCUCCUGGGCUGCGCCCGGGUCGGCGGCCGCGGCGGCUGAGCAGCGAGAGCCGGGAGCCGAGAGACGCGCUCCGCCGAGAGUUGGGCAGGGCAGAGCCCGCGCCUUCGCGGCGUCAUGGGCCCCCUCCUCGGGCCACAGAGGGCACCAGCCGCAGGAACCCCCGGGCCUCCUCGCGGCCGAGCCUGAGCGACCCCCGGGUUCUCCGGCGUCCCCUCCCUCCGCCUUAUUUUCUUCCCUGCUCUCGCUGCUGCUGCCGCUUCAGCUCUCCGUUAUGGCAACGGAGCCGCCAUCCCCUCUCCGGCUUGAGGCGCCCGGCCCCCCAGAAAUGCGGACCCCACCGGCGGGCGAGACCGCCCGCGAGGGCACCCCGAAGCCGGCGGGCGGCAGGCUCCGCUUCCUCAACGGCUGCGUGCCCCUCUCGCAUCAGGUGGCCGGGCACAUGUAUGGGAAGGACAAAGUGGGUAUACUGCAACAUCCAGAUGGCACAGUUCUGAAACAGUUGCAGCCACCUCCAAGGGGUCCAAGAGAGCUGGAAUUCUAUAAUAUGGUAAGUGAGGUUUAUGCUGCUGAUUGUACUGAUGGUGUUCUUUUAGAGCUACGAAAAUAUUUGCCAAAAUAUUACGGUAUCUGGUCACCUCCCACUGCACCAAAUGAUUUAUACCUAAAACUGGAAGAUGUGACCCAUAAAUUUAAUAAGCCCUGUAUAAUGGAUGUAAAGAUAGGGCGGAAAAGCUAUGAUCCUUUUGCUUCAUCUGAGAAGAUUCAGCAACAGGUCAGCAAGUACCCAUUAAUGGAAGAGAUUGGGUUCUUGGUGCUUGGCAUGAGGGUUUAUCAUGUUCAUUCUGAUAGCUAUGAGACACAAAACCAGCACUAUGGGAGAAGCUUAACAAAAGAAACUCUAAAGGAUGGAGUCUCCCGUUUUUUUCAUAAUGGAUUCUGCUUAAGAAAAGAUGCUAUUGCUGCCAGUAUUCAGAAGAUUGAGAAUAUUCUGCAGUGGUUUGAAAGCCAGAAGCAGCUUAACUUUUAUGCAAGUUCAUUACUGUUUGUUUAUGAAGGUUCAUCUCAGCCAACUACUGCAAAAUUGAAUGACAGAACUUUAGCAGAAAAGUUUUUGUCCAAAGGACAGCUCUCAGACACAGAUGUACUAGAGUACAAUAAUAACUUUCAUGUGUUAAGUUCCACAGCAAAUGGAAAAAUAGAGGCUUCAGUGGGCAAAAGCUUGUCCAAAAUGUAUGCUCGUCACAGAAAAAUGUAUUCAAAAAAGCAUCACAGUCAGACUUCGUUGAAAGUUGAAAAUAUAGAGCAAGACAAUGGGUGGAAAAGCAUGUCACAGGAACAUUUAAACGGAAACGUACUUUCCCAACUGGAAAAAGUCUUCUACCAUCUUCCCACUGGUUGUCAAGAGGUUGCGGAAGUAGAAGUGCGAAUGAUAGACUUUGCUCAUGUGUUCCCUAGCAACACAGUAGAUGAGGGAUAUGUUUAUGGGCUGAAGCAUUUAAUUACUGUACUGCAGAGUAUUUUAGACAAUUGAAUCCUUUGCUGCAAUCUUUUAAAGGGGUGGGGCAAUCAUAAUGAAGAGUGGCAGUUAAUAACUCUGCACUUGUAAUGCUGUGUAAAAAAUUUGUAUUGUGAGUCUACAUUUUAUUUGUCUUUAUACUUUUGGUAGAAGGGUUAACUUUUUUAUAAUCUUACUCAGGAAAACUAAUUAUUUGUUCUUUAGAAAACUAUAAAGAAUAAAGAAACUUAGGAAUGUUAAGCAGGGAAUGUGGUGGUACGUGGCUUAAACAUCUAUUUGGCUUAAGCAAAAUGCAAACCAUUAUUCAGUCAUUACGAGUUUAGUUAGCUUUCUGUAGCCAAUUUAUUGUGAAAUCUCUGUCCACCCACCCUUGACAAUGAGCCAUAUCUAAACUCAUUACAUUAUUAGAACACUUUCAAAAAUCUAGAAAGCACAGGUUGAUAUCCUUAGUAUUGCUAUGUAUGAAGUUAUUAAAACUGGAGAAAAUUCUACAGAAAUAAGUACUGUUUAGGUUUUAUAUUAAAAGUUCAGACCAGCAUAUCAAAAGGUGCUUCUUAGAAGUAAAAUGAUUUAGAAUUAUUGUAUUCCAAAAGCAGAUUUUCCCUUUAAUUUCCAUUUAUAUGCGUAUUUCAAAAUACUUCUUGAAAAAGAUCAUUGAAAUGGACAACAACAACAACAAAAGUCUGACAUUAAGGGCACUAAUAAUUAGUCUCGCCAAGUUUAGGGAAGAGAGAAGUUAUUUGCAAGGAACAAAAUUUUUUCUUUUAAAAUCUUUAUGGGAAAAUUGGAAUUUUACUACAUUGUGACAAGUAUUAUAAACCAUAUAAUACCUUUUACUGCAGCUUCAAAAAGGUGGAUGAUUGAAGCUCUUCUUAUUUCUCCUUUAAAUAACUUUUGAGAGUUUUUUUCUUUUACAAUUCUUGUAAUUACAUGUCCCCAUUUAGUUAAGCAGUGGUAUGAAUAUAUGUUGCUAAAAAGUGUUUCUCAGAAUUCUAAUAGGCAGUGAAAGACAACAUCCAGUAUGGUGAGUGUUAGCAAAAAUACUGUGUGUAAAUUAGUACGUCGUACAGAGUUUGGUACAUGUCUAAAUUCAUGCUCCUGUUUCAUUCUUAAAACAGUUGUAUAUCAUAUUCAAGAGAGAAAUUAUAAUUUAACUUCAUGGGGGGGCAGUACUAUUUUUCUUGGAAAAAUUAGAUUUGUAAGUAUUAUCUCUGUUUCACAUCUACCCCUUUUAAAAAAUAACUAGUUAUUUGUUAUUGGAAACAUUUAGAACUUUGAAAUUAAAUUUGCAAGUAUGUUAAAUGUUUAUGUUUUCAUUACUUGCACUUUGAUUCACUAAUAAAACAUCUUAAGUAGUCAGCAGUCUUGCCAUAUUCCUGGAAAUUGUUUUAGACUUGUGAACUGUUAGACUGUUUUCUCCCCAAAAUUACAAAUUAAACUUUUAAAUUCAAGGGCCUUUUUUUAGUGUGAAGGAAAGUAUCACAAUUUUAUGUUUAUCUCACCUUCCCAGCCCUCUCUUGAGUGUACUUUUGCAAGUAUCUGAGCACAAAGAAAAGUAACAAAUGCCCUAUGGAUUCUGUGCUUAGUAAAUAUAUUAGGCCUGAAUACCUUUAAAAUUCAUAUGCAUUUGUUAUAGCAAAAUUUGAUUAUUUAACAUUUUUUAUUUAGAGUCAGUGUAGGUAUUUUCCAUAAGGACUUCAUAUUUUUCUCUGCUGCCUAAAUGGGUAUUGCCAUAGCUUUUUUUUGUGGGGAUGAAGUUCAAGUCAUAGUUAAUAGAAAUUUUUUAGUUUUACUUUUUUUGUCCCACAGCGUAGACUUUUGUUGUUGUUGUUAUUUGGAUAAUGGUUCAAUAAAUCUUAAGCUCAUAUAAUUUAAACACUAUUUUGAAUCUUAACAAAAUGAGACUUUUUUUUUGUAUGGGGUGGUAUCAACCUAUAUGUACAAUGAAGUUAAUAAAUUUAAGUAUUAUCAGAUUUUUUGCGCAUUUUAGCUCAAUAAAGUGUGAAUCA